AUGAGAGUCGUCACCGUGGCCUUUUACGGGUUCGCUCUGGGACUGCUAGCUGUUGGCCUGCGGGAGUUGCUGACUGGCUUCGAGGAGAACAGAUGCAGUAUGACCUAUAUGUUUGAAUACCCAGAGUACCGGCGUGUGGCGUUGCCUCGUCGUGUGGCCAGACUAUACCCAGCGUAUGGCCUUUACCUUUAUGGGGAGGGUCUGUACGCCCAGGAGACCCGGGCCCUCAAACUCACCGGUGCUCCUGUUCUCUUCCUGCCUGGUAACGCAGGCAGUUAUAAACAAGCUCGUUCCCUGGGCUCAGUAGCACUAAGGAAGGCUGAAAACAUGGAGGGAGGGCUUCACUUCAACGUGUUCACGGUGGACUUCAACGAGGAGCUGGUGGCCCUGUACGGUGGCAGUCUGCUCAGACAGACACACUUCUUACAUGAGAGCAUUAAGGCCAUCCUGAGGCUCUACAAGCACUUGAAGGCUCCCCCUCACAGUGUAGUGGUAGUGGGCCACUCCAUGGGUGGAGUGGUAGCCAGGGCGCUGUUCACUUUACCCCGCUUCAACACCAAUCUGGUCAGCCUCAUCAUCACCCAGGCGUCCCCUCACCUGGCUCCAGUGUUGGCACUUGAUCCAUACCUGCUGGAUUUCUACUCUGCAGUGAGACAAAAGUGGGUGAAUCAGGCAAACAAACUCAGGAAUGUCACAGUUCUAUCUGUCGGGGGUGGUUACCGUGACUACCAGGUCCGCUCUGGCCUGACAUCUCUGCCCUGCCCCUCAGAGGACCCUAAUAAGUUAUCACUGGUGGUAACUGCAGUUCCCAGGACAUGGGUGUCCACUGACCACCUGUCUAUCGUCUGGUGCAAAGAGCUUGUUCUUGCCACUGUUAGAGCAUUCUUUGACCUCCUCGACCCUGACACCAGACAGUUCACAGAAAGUCCUGAAAAGAAAAUGGCUGUUCUGAACCAUCACUUUAUCAGACACCCUGUCAGGAUGUUGGGGGAAACCCAGGAGACCACCAUCUCCUUCUCAGAUUUCCCUGAUGCAUGGAGUGAAGUGAACACACUGCGUCUAGCUUACAGCACACCAAAGGAAGGACAAGUGAAAUAUUUCCUGUUUGCCCUGUCAAGUCGCAGGGAGGCCUACAGCCAUUUUUACUGCAGAAGCAACAACCUGGAGAUGACAAGCUGGGUGUACGGCUGUGUGCAGAGAAAUGGCUCUUCAUGCGUACGGGCAGUGGAUCUGUCCACAGGAAGUGAACUUCUGCCAGCAUACAAGGUGCUCAUUCUGAGUCUCAGUGACUUGGCUUCAAUUUCUCAUCUGGUUGUUUCAGCCUCCAACCUCAAUGGCAAACAGUUCACAGUGGAGUGUGAAUGGCAGAGACAAGAGUCUCUGAGUCUGUCUGUUCCAGUGCCACAUGUCCUGUCUGUAGGUAUGACCAUCAGUGAGGUUACAGUGAGCUCCUCUGGUCUGCUACACACCAUCAGGCUGCAACACUUUCAUCAGGUCUAUCAGGCUUUCAGAAUUAAUGUUGCAAGCCAAUGCAAAACACCCAAAGACAGGUUGGCUAAUGUGUACAGAUUAAAAGUACCAUGGUUUCGGGAGGACUCGUUAACCACAGUCAGUGUGCCAUCAGUGACAGAGAUCUCAGGGAUGCUCCAUACAAGUCGUCUAGACAACACAUCAACUGUGCUCCUUCAGCUCCACACUGCCCCCAACUGUCAAUAUAAGGUUUCAGUAAGGACUUCAUUACCCAAGGUGCUAGGGCAGAUCCUGAGGUUCUGUGGCUCUACUGUACCGGUGUACACAGCUGUAACACUCCUCCUUGCCUGUGGGGGGCAGCUAUCCUCAAUUCUGAAGUCAAAGGGAACUGCAGGCAUGAGUCUGGUGGUAGGCAAAGGCCUGCAGCCUCAUAAAGUCAGCCUGCCUGUUUACAUUCUGCAUGUCUUCCUCAGCUGUAGCAGGUUUCAAGAGUUCUGGUCCAGUCUAGGCCUCCCACAGAUGGAUGCCAUCCCUCCAACAUACCCUGAUGCUUCUUUUCACGAAGGCACAACACCAGUAGAGGAAUGGCCCCACCUCCUGUCACCGCUCCUGUAUGUCUUGGGGGCAGCAGUGGCAUUCUGGGGCAGUGCACUACUUCAUCUUUUAAUUCGAGUGAUUUCACUAGUACUAGCUGUGGUCCACAGACCCUCUGUGUCCAGAGACUGUGGCACGCUGCGGGUGCGGACGCAGAUCCUCAUCACUCUGUCUUUGACUGUUAUGGGCGGGAUGUCCUGUGGGGCCAUGUCAGUCUUCACUACCUUUCUGCUCCACCUUUACAGGGUACUGAGGCUGCAAAUGACAGAGAGGUCUUUGAGUCACAUGCUGAAUCUGGCCCCCCGGAAGCACAAAGAAGUUGGGAAUGGUACAGUCGAUGGCCAGACCUCAAGUAGAUCCAAAGAACACAAUGGCGCCCCCCUGCUGUCGGAGUGUAUUCUACAGGAAGUGAGAGAUGACCUGCAGCUCCACCUCUGCCUGUCAGCACUCUUCACACUCCCCGUCAUGCUGAGUGCACCCUCACUCAUCCACUGGAUCCGUAACAUUAGGUAUACCACGCAGCUGGAUCCUGACCCAUGGUGGCCACACAUUGUGCCUCUAAUCAUUGUGUACAUGCUGCUUAUUAACUGCAACACUUUAAAGCUGAGCAACAGCAAGCUUCUGCCUCUGACUUCCUGCCUCCCCCUGCCAUUGGCCAUUGCCAUGGUGACAUUCUCUCCUCUCCACCUGUACAGAGUCACCUACUUCCUGUUGGCAGCGUUGGCCCCUAUAGCCUUUUGCUGUCUGCUCUGAGGGUACUUGACUGGUUUCAGUCACCAUCUUUACCAUGACAAGCCUUUUUCCAAGUUGCAGCCUGACUCGUUGGAGACACAUUCUCCAUGUGGAGAACCUGGUCUGUCCCUGUAAGAAAACCCCAAGAUCUAGCUGCCUGGAGCAGAGCCAUAGACAUACAUAGCUUGGGGAACUGCCUGCUAGAUGUUAGCACCAAAAGCUCCAUGGUACUUACACUAUGAUUUAACAAAAGACAAGCAUGUAAUGACCUUGGAUCAUUUGGUGCAAAUAUAGCUCCACUGGAUUGACCUGAAACCAAGUUUGCCUUACUCUGUAUAUCUAUAGCUCUGUCUUCAAGGAGCAAGAAGUCCACAACCAGUGAAGCUAUCCAUACUAGAGAUUCUCAACAGGGUCUUACUGUUAAUAUGUAGUAUUUUUGUCUGCAGUGGCGUAGUUCACUGUGGUCCCGAUGCUGUAAACACUGCCGACAGCUUAGCAUAGACUUACAGAUAUGUAUUGUCUUUACCUGCUGACUGUUGUAGCAUUGCUACUAAACCAGGCUCAUACAGAACAAAAAUCCAAAGGAAUCAUGUUUACAUCCUCCCUCAUUAUCAUUCUACUACUGAAUAUUACAUAGUUUCACAGUUUUUAAUUUCUAUCUUAACACAGACAGGUGGCCAUAUGGGCAUUGGAACUGGUUUUCUUUACUCCUGUUAAGCAGAGUUUCCAUGAGUCAAAAAAAAAAAUCUAAAAUUCAGUAAUCCCAUUUUUGUGUCAUCUGUGCACCAAACAACUUCUUAAGCAAUUUCCCUGAUUUCCACAAAUUUCCACAGUGGGAGUGUAUGGUAUGAGAUGGUCUGAAGUCAGUCACUUCUCAUCUUUACAUUCCCAUAAAAAAUCCACUUCAGUAACAAGAGUACUGUCAACAUCAAAUACAUGUGCGUUCUCCAGCACCAAAGAGGAAGCAGCAAACUGCUACAAAUUAAAUCUCUGAUGUCAGAUGUUCAGUCGUUUUUUGGUAGAGAAAUGACUGGAGUGGUGGAGACGGAUGAUAUUCAGCAGAGACAGUACUUUAUUCUGCUCUGCUUCGCUUUUCCUUGCUUCUCUUACAGUUAAGCUAUAGACAUUAUCUAAAGUAAGCACUAUUUCCUCCCACAGUGUAAAAAUGAAGUCAAGAUCCAGUGACCACAAGCAGUUUGUAUCCAGACUAGACAGGAGGGGACGUAAUGUCCACUGUAUGUUCUGAUACCAGUCAGUGAGGUUGGCUCCAAAAAGCCCUGGCUCUCCAAUAAUUCAUUUUAAUCAUUUUUUCCAGGAGGUAUCCCUGUCUCAUUCUUUCUAUUUGGACCCUUUUAUAAGUGGUCUGGGCCAACUUUAAUAUUUUCCUCUCUUAGUUAGAUCACAGGUCAAAUAGAUGUCUGCAGUGUCAGGCUUUGAGUGACAGGGUAGUCUGACAUCUCACUCACCUGUUGAGUCUGACUCUUCAGUAGUUUUGGUUUAUUUGUUGAAGUUCAGUUUUGCUAUUAUAGUCAUAGUUAACAGGUUCCAUUAACAAGACUUUUACAUGCAACAUGACCUUUUUCCUCACAGUGCUUAAUGAAGAUGACCAUUACCAUGUCAGCAAGCUAACAUUUAGCAUUAGCUCACCCCUGAGCCCCCCCAUAGUUCUGCCCCAUUAGUCCAAACAUGGUCUGUUCCAGCUCCAAAAAGCCGACUGGCUUCAAAGCAGCAGUUUAUAAACCAAUGGAUGAUGUCAUGCUUCCUCCGUCCCCAAUUAUUUACAGUAUAUACUAUUGUGUCCAUCUUUAUGCACAGUCUACAGGUGAAGACAUCAGUAGUUUCAGCGCCAUCAUUAAGUCAGUGUGUGUUUUUGGUACAACAUUCACUCUGUGUUUUAAUACUUCAGUACUGAGCUGCAGUAAUGCUUUCAGCAAAGAACCACUGGGGCUUCAAAGUCAGUAACUUUGGAGAAACAUAAAUACAGUUUUGCACCUAAUGACAGGAGUCCUCAGUCAGAUGCAGUGAAAGUAUGUCUACCAGUAGUCUUAAUGUCUAGUAACAGCACGAGAGAUCCGCUUGUGUUCAUAUAAGUAUUGUUUGUGUCAGGCUUGAAAAAUGAUGUAACAGAAUGGAAGUUGAAGGAUUCUGUAAAAUGUUAAUCCUUUGGGAUAUUAUCAUCUACUCCAUGUGGUGUUGAGUAAAGAACCGCAGUGUUUUUAUCAGAUGUUUCAGGUUGAGACUAGUAUUGACAACAGGAUGGCACAGGUGUGUUGCCUUAUGUUUGGGGGUUUUUUGUGUGUUUGUUUCUUGUUUGCCUCUGCUGGGUUUGUCACCAGAAGUCAUUACUGAACAUUGUGUUUUUCUCAUGGUAUUGGCUGAGAUACAUGCAGAUAUGUAGUGGAUGUACUUGUGUAGAUCUGUGGAGUACAUACAGUGUCUAAAACUUUUUCAUGGUAUAUUGUUUCACAUUGCAUCAAGGCAAAGUGGAUGUAGAAGACAAAGUAACUAUACAAGUUGUGAAAUAUUUUCUGUUGAUCAUAGCCAGAAAACUCUGAAAAUUCAUCAGUGUUAAUGAGGUCAAGGUGAGUUCUUUAAAAAAAAAAAAACAGCAGCAUACUGUCAUACUGAUCUGAUCUCCAUUUGUCAGCUGAUUGAGGGAUCAAUACGAUAAACAGACAAAUAUGUGUCUGAGUAAUGGAUAAGCAAUAAAUAUCUAAGUCUAAGGUCAUAACACUGGCAGACACAUGGUCAAAUAUGCGUUUUCUUACAUUCAGAGAAGUGCAAAUUAAUGUUUGGACACAAUAUUAAAUUUGAUAUUGUCAUGAAAGUCUACCAUAAAGUGUUUAGUGUAUUACAGGAGGUACAGUAUGUUCAGGGUUGCAGAUGAUCGAUUCAGAUCCCUAAAAAGAUUUUAACUAAUUAGAAGAAGAAACACACUUUUUCAGUCAGGUUACUUUGCUUUAUGCAGUUUAAGUUAUGCCAACAGAAUAACAAAUGGCAGAUGUCGUCACUAAUAACAAAAAAAUUGUCUCCCUCUGGUUUUUCUUCUUUUAAAUAUUAAAAAUUCUUCACUAUUUUCCCGUUAGCCUCAGUUAUGCCUUAUGUUUAGCAUUCAUUAACAAAUGUUUGGAAGAUAGCAUGCUAGAUGUAACAGUGGUUAACAGCAAUGCUAAAUGUCAGGAUGUUAGCGUUCCUAAUACAGCUGAGUUUAAGAGCGCUGCACCCGUCUGUGUUUAGUGUGUUUUCAGACAGAGGUCUCAGAUGUGUCAGUGUAUGAAAGUUUCCCUAAGAGACAGUACCCAUUAAAGCAGCUGAGGGAGACAGCAUUUAAGACACACAUUUCCACUCUGUUUAUUGGCUUUCUUAUGCUAUAUUAAGGUUUUUUUUCCCCAUCAACCUCAAUUCUUGAUGCUUAGUUUUAGUUUGUUUGUUUGUUUUUUCAAGCUAACACACUAAACCUAAGUGUCAGCAUGUUAACACUGCUCCUAUGGCUAAGCUUCAUAGUGCUACUAGCAUGUAUGUAGGCAGCUCAGAGGGUCUGGGUAUGUGUUUUGGAGAAAGAUGUUAGCUGUUGGGGUCUGUUAAAUGUAGAUUUUGUUAUUGCCACAGGAUUUGUUGGCAAUAAUAUUUUUUUUUCAUUUUGUAUCUUAAAACAUCACAUGUGCAGUGGAUGUCCUUCAGAGUGACAUGUUCAAAGAAGAGGUUUAAUAUUAGGAACUGUUGGCGUAUCUCUUAUAUCCAUCAUACUUAUGAGUGCAGUUAAUACUUCUGUUGCCUAUUUUGUUACAGUGUGUGUUUUUAGUUUUGUGAAAUCAUGUCAGCCUGUCACCGUGUUGCUUUAUGUGCACUUUUUGUUGCCAAUCAUGUCCAUUAGUUGGUUCCUAACGUAGCCCAUUUUACACAGCACCUCCAUGUUCUGCUUAAAACAUAUGAAUGAGGGACAGUGUUGUUGAGCCUGUAAGCUGGCCGCAAGUUGAACAUUAUUUCUGGUUGCAUGUAAAUCUGGAUGUUCCCAGUAUUUAUUUGAACACUUGACAUUUUUGGUUGGAAGAGAUCUUGACUUUUUU